AUGUUCUUAGAACGUAACAGGAUUUACCCCCAGGUGAACCACCACCACCAUCUUUAUUGUUCACCCCGGGGGGCUGGAUCACGAGCACGGCAAAAAGUCUCCGCUGCAGCUCAACAACAUGAGGCCCCUCCCGGAAGAUCCGAGGUCCUGGUAGAGUUUGAAACGGAAGGUGUGUGUACAAGAGCACAAGUGGGUGAAAACAUAAUGCAGGUCGCGGAGCGCUGCGGCAUCUCUGUGCAGCAUAGCUGCUUGUCAGGAUCAUGCGGAACCUGCGAGAUGGAGAUAACGAAAGAAGAAACGGGUGCAGCGGAUGCAGAGGUAAAGAGUCGGUCGACAGGGAUAGUGCGGACGUGCAUAGCGGCCAUACCAGCCGGGUACAGCAGGCUGAUCGUAAAACAGUUGGAUGAUCCAUACUGGGGGGGCGGGGAUGGUUGGAUGUAACGAGCAGCUUGCAAGCUCUCAGUGUACACCGUCUUUUCAGUCAAUGUUUAGUUCCCAAUCCUACGCCGACCAUCUUUCAACAACAAGUGCCAACUGUACAUAUGGUACUUAACAAACAGGGUAGCUUUAGUCGGUUGCACGUGAUUGAUUGCAGUCCAAAUCAAUUGGUUUCAAAGGGCUGAUUUAGUUGUCAGUGCCCAUUUACAUCUUUGUCUGUCGCCUUGCAUUGGGUACCGUGCAACUCACUGUCCGAAC